AUGCAAACUCUGAAAAAAGGAGUUGGAUUGGCUGCUGCUGCUGCUGCUGCUGCUGCUGCCAGAGGAUACUUGACUGUGUCUUUGUUUCCUGACAUGAAAAAACAAGUGGCAUUUGCAGAAAAUCAGACGACCCACAGGCUCCAUCAUGCUGAGGCUAUGCAAAGGAGUACUGCGAUGAACGAAUCAAAGAUGGCAUUAAAAGAUGCCGGUGUGUAUUUCAACAAUGGUUUGAAGUUCAACAGACUGCCAGCUGCAAGAUGUGAGCCAACAACACAACUCCAACACGUGACGACCAUACAAAUCCCCAAAACCAUUACCGCAGCCCCGUUCCUGAAGCACGCAGCACUCACACCAGCUCAGAAGGACUAUCUGUACACCAUGGCAGCUUCCUACAGCACCACACACGUGCGUCACCUCAUCACCCAACACUACAUGAACGUGCUGCACAGGCGCAUACGGGCAGGCUACAACCCUGAAAGAGAGGACCUUGCUGUGUGUUCCGUUAUCUUACCGGGGACCGAUAAGACUGAUAAACCUUGCUCAGAGGUUCCUACCAAGGCCAGGCACAAGGAUAAGAUAAAAACUAGUGCAAGGAAUACUGGGAAAUCUUUCCUUCCAAAAAUCCCAAACAGACGAGCCAGAACUGUUUUUAAGUGCCAUUCAGAAUCAUGUUGCUGCUGCAUUUCUCCAUCAUGCCUGCAGCCUGCAGCAGUAGGAUGUGUUACGAGGAAGUAUGACAGCUUGAUGAAAAGUAAAGGUGCGGCAAAUGGUCAAAAUAGUAGCCUGUCAGGCACGACGCAAAGCCGAGUGAAGUGUAAAACAAGUUAA